AUGUCCUCCACCUUCUUCACCUGGCUGCGGUCGCCAGCGGCGCGUGAAUACUUCUUUAGCACCCAUUUUUGGGGACCAGUCGCGAACUGGGGUCUACCUCUAGCCGCCCUUUCCGACCUCCAGAAGGAUGAGGAGCUCAUCUCAGGGACCAUGACCACCGCCCUCGCCUGUUACUCACUGGUCUUCAUGCGUUUCGCCUGGAGGGUUCAACCGCGCAACUACCUGCUCUUCGCCUGCCAUUUUACGAAUGCGACCGCCCAGUCAAUUCAGGACAUCCGUUUUGUCAAUUACUGGUACCGUGGGGGUCGUGAAAAGAAACUUGGUCUGACGGCUGGCGCCACUCCAGUUGAGGGGAAGGUCUUGCAGGCUGUCAAGGCUGCAGAGGAAUCGAAAAAAGCAAACUAA